AUGUCUGAGAGAAAGGUGGUGAAUAAGUACUAUCCACCUGAUUUCGAUCCCGCUAAAAUUCCUCGAAGAAGCCAACAACAGCAGCAGAUUAAAGUUCGAUAUAUGCUCCCUAUGAGCAUCAGAUGUGGCACAUGCGGCAGCUAUAUCUACAAGGGUACUAAAUUCAAUUCACGCCAAGAAAAACUGAUUGGGGAUGAGACCACAUAUCUUGGAAUCAUCCCCAUAUUUAGAUUUUAUAUUAAGUGCCCCCACUGUUGCGCUGAAAUUGCUAUCAAGACGGAUCCUCAACAGUCUGAUUAUCUUGUUGAGGCUGGAGCUCGAAGAAAUUUCGAGCCUCAUGCAGCAGCAGCAGAACAAGAUGAAGUGGGAGAUGCCAUGGAGACCUCGAAAAGACAAACGGAGAUCCUUUCUGCACUCGAUGAACUCAAGUCCAUGAAGUCAAGGCGUGCGCAUCUAAGUGUCGAUUCAAUGCUUGAAGCCUUGCAGCCGUUACCGCUUGAAGAAGAAGACAAACAGCAGCUUGACAUUUUCCAAAGAUCACGACGCUGCAGGCAGCAUGCGCAUGUAACUGUGGAUGAUUCAAUGCAGCCGCCAUACGUUUUCCAAAGAUCACCACAUGAGCUUCAUAAGAAGAGGAAGCCAACAUAUUAUCACUUAACUACUGUCCCCAAGAAGAAGUCGCCUAAAACACAAGAAAUUAAGAGUAACGGGCUUGUAUUAUUAUGUCAGCAGUAUGACCAAGAAGCCUGA